AUGUUCGAGACCGCCGCGAUGAGCGGCAUCCCGGUUGCCGAGGACAAUAUCAUCAAUCGGCGCGGCGGGGAGUCGAUCUACCAGAGCUGCGUCAAUCUGAAGAGGAGGUUGUCCGAGGUUCCUACCUUCGAGUCCCACCUGCAAGAGAUGGAGGAAGAGGACCGCACUAGGGGGAACACCGAUCCAGUCGCUUCGUUGUGGAACUGUCUGCGGGAAGGUUAUCCGCUAUUGAGUAUCUACAAUGCGUCCGGCCCUGAUGAACAGCUGGAGAUCGAUCCCGCCAAGGUACCUGAGGCCAAGCGCCCAAAAGCUGCAACGUUCAAGUUCUUGCAAGCAUGUCUGCAGGACCUGGCAUUCCCCCAACAAGACUGCUUUCUUAUCACGGACCUCUACGGCGAGAGCACGACAGGCUUCAUCAAAGUGAUCAAGAUGGUCAAUCGGGUAGUGGACAUCCUGGAGAUGCAAGGCUCGUUGAAGCGUUCAUCUGAAACGGCAGCCAGUCCCUCCGCCGAGAAAGGAACGGUGAAGCUCACCAAGCGGGAACAUAUUUUGAAGGAGUUGUUGGAAACGGAACGCGACUAUGUUCACCAUCUGCAGAACCUCCAGGCGCUCAAAAAGGAGCUGGAAGAGACCGGUGCUCUGACGGGCGAUGGGAGUCAUCAAAUCUUCCUCAAUCUCAACAACCUUCUCGAUUUUGCUCAGCGAUUUCUCAUUCGCAUGGAGCAACAUUACGCCUUGCCGGAGGAGACACAAAAUUGGGGCCGGCUCUUCUAUACGCACGAGGAAGCUUUCCGACAGUAUGUGCCGUUCAUAGCCAAUCAGAUGCGCUGCGACCAGGUCUGCAUGAAGGAAUGGGACAAGAUCAAAUCCGCGCCACGCCAUGUAGAUCUUAUGCAGAUGGUUGCACAACCAAAGACAUUGAACGGGUUCUUCGUCAAGCCCUUUCAGCGUCUGACCAGAUACCCACUGAUGCUUUUGGAACUCCGCAAGCAGGCCGAGGACCCGCAGCUCCAGUCAGAUAUCACACAAGCCAUCGAUACCAUCCAGGACGUCUUGGACUCAGCCAACGACGCAAUCCACAAGGAACAUCUAGCUGCGGCAGUAGUGGAACUGUCAGAGCGCGUGGAUGAUUGGAAGACGCUGAAAAUGGAAUCUUUUGGAGAUCUCCUUCGCUUUGGCACAUUUUCUGUGGUCAAAGGAGACAGUGGCAAAGAUAAUGAGCGAGAGUACCAUAUCUACCUUUUCGAACGCAUCCUCCUUUGCUGCAAAGAUAUCAACCCCAACAAGCAAAAGACGAAACUCACUCUCAACAAGGACAAACCAAAUCUCGCUAAUAGAAGCAAGGCCCGUCUGCAGUUGAAAGGUCGAAUCUACAUGGCGAAUGUGACAGAUAUUGUCUGUCUCCAAAAGCCUGGCCUCUAUCGCAUCCAAAUCUUCUGGAAAGGAGAUCCUGGGGUUGUCGACAAUUUUAUCAUCCGCUAUCAGAACGAGGACACGAUGCGCAAUUGGUACAAAGACAUCGACAACCAACGGUUGAUUCAGGCGGAGCAGCGCAAUGCUCGCCACACCGGCACCUCCGACAGCGAGUUUACGUACAUGAAGAAUAUGGCCAACAUGCCGAACCCGUACCAGCAGGAGUAUGACGCCGAUGAGACCACAUAUAACUCCGAGUUCCCCAUGAGUCGGAACGCCUCCAGCACCAGCCUGAGGACCCGGUCCGCUACCGGUGGCAGUACAAACUCUGUCGCUCAGUCGAAUGGCCGUGCGCGUUAUACCCCCCAAGAUCCUGCCCUCUCUCUGCAGACCCAGUACAAUGGGAAUAUGUCUCCCAGUGACCGCAAUGUCAGCAGCUCGUACUUUUCCCCUGCCGAGACACCAUCUACACGGUCAAGUUCCCAAUCAGGCUUUUCAUUCGGCCGCCAAAAUACCAGUUCUACGAGCGCCUCGAACGGGUGGAAUGAAGAGUCAAAUCGGUAUACUGCUCCAGCCUUGUCUCGCGUGGCAUCCCGAGAUGGCUCGAACGCGACCGGCUAUUUCCCACCAGCGAACGGCCGGACUGCGCAACGUCCAUCUCUGCCUCCUCUCUCUGGUCCUCAGGGACAGUCUACGAACGGCACCACCCAACGGAUGCGGUCGGCCAGCAGUCCCGACAUUCACCACCAUAACCAGAACCCCGAGUCCCGCCGGUAUAUGGGAGUGCACACGAUGCAAACGGUGGACAACGUCCCCGUGCCACCGAUCCCUGCACACAUGGCCAACAUGAAGGCUCCCGUCAACCGAAGCCAGAACAACUCGCCCACCAACAACCAGCUCCCCAUCCGCAGUCAUACGCAACCUCUGCCCCCGAAUCAAUUCAAUGAUCCGGAAUAUAACGCCAUGAGCCAGUCUGUGGAGCUGUCCCCCUUGUCUCAAGAGCCCGAGGCCGAGGAGGAGGACGGCGAGGGGUUCAUGCCCACGCAGCUCAAAGCGAAAGUGAACUUUGAAGACAACUACGUCACGCUGGUGAUUGCGACCAACAUUCUCUUCCGGUCGUUGACCGACCGCGUGGACGCGAAACUAGCACGGUUCACCAACCGGUCGAUCGGCAAUAAGACGGUCCGGCUUCGCUACCGCGAUGAGGACGGGGACUUUGUCACGAUCGAUAGUGACGAAGCAGUCCAGCUGGCCUUUAUGGAGUGGCGCGAACAGCAUCGCGACAUGCUGGCCAAGGGCCUUGUGGGCGAGAUCCAACUCUACUGCCAGGUCGUUGAAUAA